AUGAUUUCUCUCAACCUCACUGUGCCGUUAGCGGUGGACUUUAAUGAAGCUGCAGAUUAUUUCAUUUUUAUAGCAAAUCUACUAAUUGCUACCAGUUCUGUUCUCGUGGCUGUCUCGGUUGUGUUGGGUAUUAUUUUUAAAAAGUCACUUCGAGCUCAAAACAGAUUCAUUUUCAUGCUAAACACAAGCAUAUGCGACACUCUGUCUGGGGUAGGUGGUUACUACAUCGGUCUGUUUGAUGUGCAGGAGGGCUAUCCGUCCAAUAACGGCACCUAUUCCAUCGUGCCUUCGCUACUGGGAGUCAAUAUUCUGACCAUCUUGUCUGCACAGGUGGACCGAUUCCUUGCUGUAGUUUAUCCUUAUACUUACAGUCGCUAUAUUUCCAGGACUGUAGUUAUAGGAGUUUGUGUUUUCUGCUGGUUUUACACUUAUUUCUCAUUAACGGUACAGAAUCUCGUUACUGUUGAAGUCGCUGCAAAAAUAAAGGCUUACGGCACAUUAUGA